AUGUCCUCUUACAAUGGGAGGAUAUUGAUUCUCUGUAGCCUACCCCAAAGGUUUGUGUUAGGAGGUUAUGAAGACUGUGUGAAAGCUGGUGCACUACAAAUCAUCCCACACUUUGAUUACUCCCUGUCCUUUGUGAAAGAUGAUAAGUAAGUAGACCUAUGUAGACUGAACAAUGCUUUGCUUGGAAAAAGAUAACUUGUUUCAAGCGGUAACCAGGUCAGCCUGGCACUGCAUGGAUGGAAUUUAGUAGUAAACAAUGGAGAUGGCACAAAUUGAAAGUACACUAUUGCAAGAAGUAUCUUGAUUUAGUCUACCCUGGAUGAAGGUAAAAUGAAUUGUCCAACAUUAGCCUACAUGCUGGUGUGUUCUGUUGUAAAAGUAUGAGGAAAGAUUAUUAUGUUACAAAAUUUGAAAAGUACAUAUUAAAACCUCAAUUGAAGCAAUUUGAUGUUUAGUUUUCAUACUGUGACAACAAUUUCAAAAUAACUAAAAUGAGCCAUAAUUCUCUAAUAUAGAGAAACAUUAAAAUGUUGUCACAAAAACAACUUAAUGAAUAUAAAUGUUGAUCAUUUAAAUUACAGAGACAGACUAUUAGCCUACACAGUUCUUAUCUAUUACAUACACAUGUUAUUAUAGGCCUACUACAUUGCACAUAGAGUAGCCCUACUAUUACACAGACAGAUAUGCAGACUACACAGACUGGCAGUCUUCUAUCAUGUGUUAAUUCUCUGUAAUUAGCCAAUAUUCCAGGACCACUAUAACAAAAAUACAGCUGCAUAUUCCCUAUACGAUAGUGUUACGCAGUUUGAAAAUGUAUGUGUGAAUUUAGCGUCUGCUAAAUGACUAAAAAUGUAAAUGUGAAACUUCAGACGUUUCCUAAUUAGUGCGCAUUGAUGAUGGUUUUGGCCGCCCGACGCGCAGCCUGUAAGGCAUGUCAGGGCAUGUCUAGAUUGGAUGAAGUGGCACUGCCUAUCGAUAGCGUGCAAAAGUAUAUGCUCGUGAAAACGAUUUUUAAAAGUGUGCUUAAGUAUCUUCGUAAAACUUAUGGAUCAAGGUAAUGUGACAUUGAUAUAUAUUUUAAUUUUUUGAUUAAUUGCUUGUGAGACUAAGGGUGGGAGGUGUAAUUUAUUCGCUUGUAGCCUAAGUGAUGGGUAUCAGAUACGCACUGCUGUUCAUGAAUGAUCUUUCCAGUUGCCAAUGAGCUGUUCAACCUUAGUGCUUUUGCUUUGUGGUAUUUCAUUAAACAGUUUAGUAAUCUCACCAAUCAAUAUUAGUAUAGCAGUUUUGUAAUUUAAAGUAGAGGAUAAAUGACGCUAAAACCUCUACAUGUAUUCUUUCUCAAAAUUAUUAUAUUGCUUUUUACCCCUCAAAACAACACAUAGAGAUGAUGGAUGGAGCCUCUCUGAUUUCAGCUUUAGACAUUCUUUGCCUGUAAUUCUAUAUCCUCUUUGUGUUUUGUUGUCUGCAUGUUUAGUGUACUUUAGUGACAUCAAGUGAAGGGAUAUUGAAAAUGGUUCAACAUGCACACAAGCAAUACAUUUCAUUCAAUAUUCAAUGCAGUGGCUAAGAUACAGCAAUCUCUAUGCAUUCUGUUUCCAUUUUACUCAGUGUUCAUUAUAAAGAUUUUAAAAAAUAAGUAACUACUGAGCUAUUAACUAUCGUACAUAUUGCAUUUUUAUAGGAGUUACAUUGCUGUCAUGGAUUGUUCUGAAACCCAGUACUACUUGAAUGGGAACUGCCACCCUUGUCUGCAAUGUGGACCAGGACAAGAGCUGUCAGAGGUGGGUAUUAUUACAUUAUAGAGGAAUAUUUUUGUCUUUAAAGAGAAUUUACUGGAUUUUUACAAAGGACAACAAACUAAUAGGCCUUUAGGUGCUGGCUGCACAGAUUCAUCUCCUUCUCACUGCAGCCAUGUCUAGUAGCCUAUCAACUCAGCUGAGCAGUAGGGACGUGACAAAUGGAAAGCAUUUCUUAACGUUUAAACCUCCAUUUUAUUAUGGGUUUUGAGUUAAAGCGGUUAGAAGAAUUCAUACAAUUCCAUGUGAAUUCACAAUGCAGCUGUGCUGCUGCCUGCAAUGGUUUGGGUCUCAUGUUUGGGUCUCACGGUGCGUCCCUUUCACGUGAUUAACCUGUACUACUAUUACUGUACCUCAAUUCCACCUUGCAUUUCCUUGAACUUCUCAAAGUAUUGCCGUACAGGAUUUCACAGGUGUCGCUUGCCUUUCUCUGCCAUUUUUCCAACUGUUAACUACGACGACGUGCGUAAGUAGCGGAGAGUUGACGCCAAAAUAAUUGAUUCCUCGACUCCUUGUAUGUCGACUUCGACUCCCAUUUCUGAGUGACAAGAUUCGAUUCCUUUAGGAACGGAGGAGACUGAUUAGAUACGGUGCUUAUGAUAACUCGGUUAGGGAUUUUUCUUAACGUUAAGGAUCCCAAUUUCCUUUAAACGUUUUAAGGUUUAAAUGUUCACAUCCUUUACUGCAGAACCAUUAUAUGUGAUUACUACAGGUGUAGGAUCUUAAUUUGAUUCUUAAUUUGCAGGAUAACUUUCCUGCAAUGCAGGACAUGUAAAACUUGUAGUGUAUUUUAGGUUUAAAAAGGCUUCUGAAAUUUGUAAUUUCCAUUGAGAAAUUUCCGACUUGAUUUUCCCUUUUGAAAAAUGUAGCCUAUCAACCCUACAAAAAUGUCCAUUAAUUAUAAUCCACAUAAUAAUUCACAUUUCCUGUUGCUGUAGAAAACUGGCUCAAAUGAAGUUCCUACAUUUUUAUGAAACCACAAAGAGUUUGGUUUGACUGUCUGUGGUGAUCUCACUCUAAAAGAAUCCCACUGGCAGAGAGAACUUUAUUCCAAGUUCACACAAGUCCACUUGGCAGGCAUGCUAAGGAUCUUCACAUUUGGGUUUACCAUGACCUAAAAUAACCCCAGUGCUCAUUGGAAGGGGAAACUGUCAUGUAUUUUGUAAUCUAGACCUCUAAUCAUCAUAUUCAUUUAUAUUUCUGUUUUGCAACCGUCUGCUUAAGAAAUUAACUUCAGUGAAAUCCUUAGCUGUAAACAGGUCUAAUGUGCACUGUAUAUUUUGAUUCUUAUUUCCCGCCAGGACUGUGGUUAUGGAAUUGGACGGUCGGCUUAUUGCAUCCCCUGUAAUGUAAAGACUUAUAAAGAGGGUCAGGGUUACCACAACUGCAGAUUCUGCCAGUCGUGUAAACGCAUAAACAGGCACCAGAAGUCACUGUGUACCUCUAAAAGCAAUGCUGUCUGUGGGGAGUGUUUACCAGGGUUUGUACUGUAUAUUAUCUCAUCACAUUCUUACAUAUAGUAUCUACAGAUCGUUAUAGUUAAGACAUAGCUGUGCUUUUAAGUCAUAAAAGCUCUUCAUCCAGACCAGAACAUGUUGACUUAGUGUUAUUAGCUCGUUUACUUGGAAUACAACUAUUUCAGACUUUUUUUCCUGCUUUAAUUUGAUCUGAUUUCAGCUUUUACAGUAAGACACGGAUAGAUGGCUUGCAGGACUUGGAGUGCAUGCCGUGUGGUCCCUCCUACACUACUGAGCAGCAGUGCAGCCGUAAGUCUCAGUAAAGCUUGGCCCGGGACUCUGAGAAAGGAAAACAACUUAAUUAUUGUAUGAGUCAAUUGUGUAGCCUACUGUUAUAUUAGAAAAUUACCUCCAUGUGCUGGCAACAUAAUUACCCAUGUUUUUAUUUUGCUAAUUUUCUGUGUGCAAUUGUUGACGUAGAGAAUGCAUUGUUUGAGUUAUGAGAUAUUGAAGAAUUAUAACACUGUUCUUUAUUAAUAGAAUAGUGUUAUAAUAAUUGUAUUUGCCAAAGGAUCAGAGUCAGAAAUUUAAAACAUUAAAUAAAUGUUGUGUUUAAGCAUGUGCCCAGCCAUUUGAUCAGCACCAACCUCAAUCCUUUUGUUUCGCAGGAAGCAGAGAAGUGUAUGUGGAAAAAGUCUGGAGCCCAGAAGGCCCAGCCCAAAAUGCUGCUGUUGCCACCACAAUUUCUGUAGCCCUGGUUACCAUGGCAAUCAUCCUCGCUGCUGCCUUGCUUAUAUACUUCAGACAUACCUUACUAAAGAAAAUAUUUAAAGGUAUCUCAUUAUCCACACACAAAUCUCUAAUUUAAUGAAGUUUUUGUUGUAUGAGAUGUUCACACAACCACUGAUGAAACUGUAAUAAUGUGAAUUCUGUCAGUGUGUUUGUUGAAAUAACUUUUAUAGUAACACGCAGGGUACAAGUAAUCCUCCUCAAACUGUGCCCCCUCUAGCUCAUUAAUGAUCUUCUCUCUCUGAAAGGAUGCCUGGCUCCUCAAAGCACAAGUCAGAAUGACAUGGAGUGUGCAGCAUCCCCAGUGAACAGGGUCACACUGAACCUGGAGCAGCAAGACCAAGACUCAGGUAAUUAUCAGAGUAGAACAGCACCCACUACGCUUUAUUGACCAGCACAUUGUUAAUAGUCCAUUGACGUCUCACUAGAACAGACAUAACACAUGAUGAAUAAGGGCAUUAAACGUCCCCUAAUUGACUCAUAUUCUAGUCAAUUUGUGAAUGCAUGGUUCAUAAGGGGUUUGUUAGGGUACUAAUGUAACCCUCUGAUGACCUGUCUUCCUACAGGUGCAUGUGAUAACUCUACCACCACUGCAGACACGUUGGCCAGACUGCAGUCCAAAGUGGACAUGAUUGGCCCUCUGGGGUCCAUUCUACUAAGCCCUGACCUUAAAACUCAGGACCACAGCUAUCUCCUGGAGACCGAGCCGCUGGUGCAGAACUCCACCUGCAGUAACUGCUCCUCUGGGUUUGUCUCUCAGAUAUCCUUUGAGCCGCCCUCAACCAGUGGGGACGUCCCACUCACAAUGGAGACCCCUGUGGGUCCAAUAGACAGUGGGGAGUCUGUGGCAGGGUCCCUGUUCCUACAGAGCAGUGAGGGAUACUGUGCCUCUGAGCUGCAGGAGAGCCCUCUCCAUCAGCAUGUCCCAGUAGAGUGCACUGAGCUAGACUUCCACAGUACUGCAGCCUCAACACUGGACCUCCACAGUACUACUGACCCAGACUGUAGCUCUGUGAGCCUGGGGAUUACUGAGAUAUCUGAGAUUAGGGACGGCCCCUCCGGAGACGGGUCAGGAGGAAGACAACUGAGGAGGAGUCCAUCUGACUGCCCAGAGGAGCAAACUGACAGCUGUUGGAGCAGCCAUCAACAACUCUGCAACAGCAGUCUGGGAGGCACUAAUGCGGUAAUUACUCUUAGGAAAGACAGGGUUGUGUCACCUGUUGUUCUCACACAGAUGACCAUUUACUCAACAGUAGUGAGUUUGAGUGAGCAGUCACUAGAUAUAGCUGUACUUUAUACUUACACAGCAAAUGUUUAAAGCAAAUGGCACACACACACACACUGGCUGAUCUCAUAAAAUAUGAGUUGUGAUAUCCUCCCAUUAUAGGCAAGAGACUGGAUGCCCAUAGAUACUUUUUUUCAUGUUUCCCACUUGUCAUUUAAGACAUAAUUUGCUAGAUGUGCCAAAUUAAGUUUACAGCUUCAGUAAUUUAGUAGAGGAUGUUUCCCUGGACGAAGCAAAAAAAGUAUUAAUUCAUUGAUAUUAAUAUUUGUAGAUGGAAACAGCGAGCCUGCUGAAGAAGUGUAUCCGGAUCAUGCAAGGUGGGUUAUUAUUCAGUUGACUAGAUAUCUAAAGCUUAUUUUAAUGCUGGAGCACAUCCAACAGAAACAAAAUGAAACAUUGCAAAUCUCAAAGAAACCACAAUACACAGUAUAGAGUGGUUUGCAAAAGUAUUCACCCCCCUUGGCAUUUUUCUAUUUUGUUGCAUUACAACCUGGAAUUAAAAUUGAGUUUUGGGGGGUUUGUAUCAUUUAAUUUACACAACAUGCCUACCACGUUGAAGAUGCAAAAUAUUUUUUAUUGUGAACCAAACAAGAAAUAAGACAAAAAAACAGAAAACUUGAGCGUGCAUAACUAUUCACCCUCCCAAAGUCAAUACUUUGUAGAGCAACCUUUUGCAGCAAUUACAGCUGCAAGUCUCUUGGGGUAUGUCUCUAUAAGCUUGGCACAUCUAGCCACUGGGAUCUUUGCCCAUUCUUCAAGGCAAAACUGCUCCAGCUCCUUCAAGUUGGACGGGUUCUGCUGGUGUACAGCAAUCUUUAAGUCAUGCCACAGAUUCUCAAUUGGAUUGAGGUCUGGGCUUUGACUAGGCCAUUCCAAGACAUUUAAAUGUUUCCCCUUAAACCACUCAAGUGUUGCUUUAGCAGUAUGCUUAGGGUCAUUGUGCUGCUGGAAGAUUAACCUCCGUCCCAGUCUCAAAUCUCUGGAAGACUGAAACAGGUUUCCCUCAAGAAUUUCCCUUUAUUUAGCGGCAUCCAUCUUUCCUUCAAUUCUGACCAGUUUCCCAGUCCCUGCCGAUUAAAAACAUCCCCACAGCAUGAUGCUGCCACCACCAUGCUUCACUGUGGGGAUGGUGUUCUCGGAGUGAUGAGAGGUGUUGGGUUUGCGCCAGACAUAGCGUUUUUCUUGAUGGCCAAAAAGCUCAAUUUUAGUCUCAUCUGACCAGAGGACCUUCUUCCAUAUGUUUGGGGAGUCUCCCACAUGCCUUUGGCGAACACCAAACGUGUUUGCUUAUUUUUUUCUUUAAGCAAUGGCUGUUUUCUGGCCACUCUUGCGUAAAGCCAGCUCUGUGGAGUGUACGGCUUAAAGUGGUCCUAUGGACAGAUACUCCAAUCUCUGCUGUGGAGCUUUGCAGCUCAUUCAGGGUUAUCUUUGGUCUCUUUGUUGCCUCUCUGAUAAAUGCCCUCCUUGCCUGGUCAGUGGGUUUUGGUGGGCGGCCCUUUCUUGGCAGGUUUGUUGUGGUGCCAUAUUCUUUCCAUUAAAGAUAUUGAUUUAAAUGGUGCUCCGUGGGAUGUUCUGAUAUUUUUUUAUAACCCAACCCUGAUCUGUACCUCUCCACAACUUUGUCCCUGACCUGUUUGGAGAGCGCCUUGGUCUUCAUGGAUUGCUUGGUGGUGCCCCUUGCUUAGUGUUGUUGAAGUCAUUUUUCCAACAAUUGUUUACAGACAGAUUAUUUCACUUAUAAUUCACUGUAUCACAAUUCCAGUGGGUCAGAAGUUUACAUACACUAAGUUGACUGUGCCUUUAAACAGCUUGGAAAAUUCCAGAAAAUGAUGUCAGGGUUUUAGAAGCUUCUGAUAGGCUAAUUGACAUAAUUUGGGUCAAUUGGAGGUGUACCUGUGGAUGUAUUUCAAGGCCUACCUACAAACUCAGUGCCUCUUUGCUUGACAUCAUGGGAAAAUCAAAAUAAAUCAGCCAAGACCUCAGGAAAAAAAUGGUAGACCUCAACAAGUCUGGUUCAUCCUUGGGAGCAAUUUCCAAAUGCCUGAAGGUACCAUGUUCAUCUGUACAAACAAUAGUACGCAAGUAUAAACACCAUGGGACCACGCAGCCGUCAUACCGCUCAGGAAGGAGACGCGUUCUGUCUCCUAGAGAUGAACGUACUUUGGUGCGAAAAGUGCAAAUCAAUCCCAGAACAACAGCAAAGGACCUUGUGAAGAUGCUGGAGGAAACAGGUACAAAAGUAUCUAUAUCCACAGUAAAACGAGUCCUAUAUCGACAUAACCUGAAAGGCCGCUCAGCAAGGAAGAAGCCACUGCUCCAAAACCGCCAUAAAAAAGCCAGACUACGGUUUGCAACUGCACAUGGGGACAAAGAUCGUACUUUUUGGAGAAAUGUCCUCUGGUCUGAUGAAACAAAAAUAGAACUGUUUGGCCAUAAUGACCAUCGUUAUAUUUGGAGUAAAAAGGGGGAUGCUUGCAACCCGAAGAACACCAUCCCAACCGUGAAGCACGGGGGUGGCAGCAUCAUUCUGUGGGGGUGCUUUGCUGCAGGAGGGACUGGUGCACUUCACAAAAUAGAUUACAUCAUGAGGAAGGAAAAUUAUGUGGAUAUAUUGAAGCAACAUCUCAAGACAUCAGUCAGGAAGUUAAAGCUUGGUCGCAAAUGGGUCUUCCAAAUGGACAAUGACCCCAAGCAUACUUCCAAUGUUGUGGCAAAAUGGCUUAAGGACAACAAAGUCAAGGUAUUGGAGUGGCCAUCACAAAGCUCUGACCUCAAUCCUAUAGAAAAUGUGUGGGCAGAACUGAAAAAGUGUGUGCGAGCAAGGAGGCCUACAAACCUGACUCAGUUACACCAGCUCUGUCAGGAAGAAUGGGCCAAAAUCCACCCAACUUAUUGUGGGAAGCUUGUGGAAGGCUACCCGAAACGUUUGACCCAAGUUAAACAUCUUAAAGGCAAUGCUACCAAAUACUGAUUGAGUGUAUGUAAACUUCUGACCCACUGGGAAUGUGAUGAAAUAAAUAAAAGCUGAAAUAAAUCACUCCCUCUACUAUUAUCCUGACAUUUCACAUUCUUAAAAUAAAGUGGUGAUCCUAACUGACCUAAGACAGGGAAUUUUUACUAGGAUUAAAUGUCAGGAAUUGUGAAAAACUGAGUUUAAAUGUAUUUGGCUAAGGUGUAUGUAAACCUCCGACUUCAACUGUAUAUACUGAGAUCAUGUGACAGAUCAUGUGACACUUAGAUUGCACACAGGUGGAUUUUCUUUAACUAAUUAUGUGACUUCUGAGGGUAAUUGGUUGCACCAGAUCUUAUUUAGGGGCUUCAUAGCAAAGCGUGUGAAUACAUAUGCACGCACCACUUUUCCAUUAUUUAUUUUUUAGAAUUUUUUGAAACAAGUAAUUAUUUUCAUUUCACUUCACCAAUUUGGACUAUUUUGUGUAUGUCCAUUACAUGAAAUCAAUUUAAAUUACAGGUUGUAAUGCAACAAAAUAGGAAAAAUGCAAAGGGGGAUGAAUACUUUUUCAAGGCACUGUAUAUGACUGAUGAGGUGAAGUUCUGUUGCUGUUGUGGCUAGGGAUUUAGUUGAGCUACAUGUUCACAAUUGAAUCUUGUUCUGGAUUUCAAAGUUAAUGCAGUAGUUUCUAACAGUCGUUUUUAAAGUCGUUUUUCAUUGCGUCUUGAUGGUUUUAAAACGUGUCUUUACCUUGGCCAAGAGGUAUAGUCAAAUAUACAAUGUCUUACUGUUCUACAGGCCACAUGGAGAAACAGACUAUCGUGCCAAGAGACCUAGCCGCAUACUUGGCACCACUGGCUAAAUAUUCAAGAAGAGGAUAAAUGUUUUCCCUUUACAGCAUGUGCUAGUCCUGAGGUAGUAAUGAUGACAGCAUGAUAAUAUUGCUAGAAUUUGCUACCUGUAGGCUUCCCGGUGAAGCAACACACCAACUGACGUGGUGUGUUGUCCGCAGAGGAUGAAGUUAUUUGCACACUGUCACUGUCCACCAGACAUUCUCAAAUGUUGAAUGUAGAAACAGUAGCAUCCAGUAAUAGCUGAAUAGUUAACCUCUCAUGGUAGGUGGUCAGGGGGAUCUGUGCUAAUUUCCCCAUUGGCCUGUGUAUCUUCUGUCCAGGGGUCCGUCUAGGCAGGCUGCCCCAGGCCUUGGUGGAUUCUCUGGCUCUGAAGCUGGACCCAACGUUCCCAGGAGUACAGAACUACCAGCAGGUGGCGCUGAUGAUGGGCAUACCUCACGAGUUGCUGAAAGGCCUGUGUGGGUUUGAUCACGUCUUUCGGUACCUUUCCUCCUGCACUCUGCUGACAGUACCUGAACUACUCCACACCUUCUAUCUCCUGCAAAGGCUUGACACCCUGCUCCUGCUGUGUGAAUAUGCCAUGCAGCGCCAGGUCACAGGAUGCACAUGCUAA